UACUUGUAUGUUCGUUUCGUUAAAUCCAAUAAUAAUAUCCAACAUGCCGAAAGAAAAACCGUCUUCGGCCUUUAAACUAAAGCAAUUAGUUACUGAUUUUGGUGAAAAUAUAUUCUCAACCGACAGUAAAAUAUUAUUUUGUAAGGUUUGUGAAAUAAAAGUAGCGAGUGAAAAACGCUUUAGUAUUGUGCAGUAUAUUUAUACUGAAAAACACAAAGCAUCAUUUAUUCGAUUUCAAAAAAAUAAUGAGCGGAAAAAUUUGCAACAACUUAUGCCUACAACUUCAAAAAAGUCAGACUUUAAUUUAGAUUUAAUCAGAGCUAUGUUGGCAGCAAACAUUCCGUUAAACAAGCUGGCCAAUCCACAGUUUAAAAGUUUUCUCGCCAAGUAUACUGGACAAAAUAUUCCUGUCGAAUCUACAUUGCGGAUUGGAUAUAUUGAUGACUGCUACACCGAGAAAAUGAAUGAAAUCAAAAAACUUAUCAAUGGGAAAAAAAUAUGGAUUUCAAUGGACGAAACGACUGACAUCGAAGGAAGGUAUAUAGUCAACACAAUUAUUGGUAUUCUGUCACACGAUGGCCCCGGUGAAAUAUUUUUAAUUAAUGUCGAAGAACUUGAUAAAACAAACCACAGCUCUAUUUGUAAAGCGUUUGACAGAUCAUUGUUCUUAAUUUGGCCUGAAGGGUUACAUUAUAAUGACGUGCUGUUGUUUUUAACAGACGCAGCGCCUUAUAUGAAGAAAGCAGCACGUCAUUUACAAGUAUUUUACACUAAAAUGGUGCAUGUAACGUGUCUUGCGCAUGAAUUACACCGAGUAGCAGAAGACAUUCGUUCACAUUUUCCUGUUGAUGAUUUAGUGGCUAAUGUGAAAAAAAUUUUCCGCAAAUUCCCACAUCGCUUACAAAUAUUCAAAACAUUUGAACCUGAUUUAGCAUUACCACCAGAACCAAUUCUAACUUGCUGGGGAACAUGGAUUUCGGCAGCUAUAUAUUAUUGUGAACAUUUUAAGUCAAUUAAGCAUGUUGUCGAAUCAUUUGAUUCAAAUGAUAGCGUAGCAAUUAAAAAAGCUCAAGAUGUAUUGAAAUCUCAAACGCUGCAAGCAAAUUUGAUUUAUAUCAAAUCGAACUUUGAAUGUUUACCAACGGCCAUAAAACAACUUCAAGAGCAAAAAUUAUCAUUGUUUGAUUCAAUUAAAAUAACCGAAACAAUAAGUGGCAUAGUUAAGAAACUUCAAGGGCAACAUAGUGACAGUAUUAAAACUAAAUUAGAUUCAGUUCUAAAUAGUAAUGCCGGCUACAAAAUGAUUUGCAAAAUUUGCAAAAUAUUAUCUGGUGAAGAGGAAAGUAUGACAAAUCUAGGACUACCCGAAGACAUGAUCCUUGAUGAUUUUUCGUAUUUUAAAUAUGCACCAAUUACUUCUACUGACGUUGAAAGGUCAUUUUCAAAAUACAAAAAUUUAGUCACAGAUAACCGUCGUUCAUUAAAGCUUGACAACAUUAAAAAAUCGAUGAUAGUACAAUGUAAUUUCUAAGUUUCAGAUUUAAAAUGAAUAACUGACAAAGACGUACAUUAUACACAGUUCAUGAAGCUCAGGA